AUGACGAACCAACGAGCUUGCCUCGCAAAGUUGGCAGCCCGCCCGCGCCGUCACCCCGAGCCCGUCCGCAUCUUGGGUCUGUCGUCUCCGCUCUCGGCCGAUGGCACUCAGUACCAUGGCUUGGCUCCCGACAAGCCCUACUCAGCCCUUGACCGAACCACUGCACUAAGCCACCCCCUACAUGCCGCCGCGCACGCCGGAUACACCACUCUGAGUGAACUAACGUUACGUGUAGCUUUAGUCGCGGGUGCCUGGCCUGGCCUGCCUGCCGACGCGUCAAGGCGAAUUGUCUCCCAUCCCUUGCCAUAUCGGCCCAUGGCCGGCGAGAGAGGAAAAAAGUCUCAGAUCGUAGUUACACCAGCCUCACUCCUUCCCUCUCCCAUGAUUCCCACCCACCACGAUAAACAGCACCACAACAAAGCCCUUGGAAACUAA